AUGGAGUUCCCGCCAAGAGUGAUCCACCCACGGAGAUUCCAGGUGUCUCCAGCGCAAUACACGGCGGCGAAAAUCUCUGCACCCAAGGCGGCGCCUGAUCUCCGAGCUAAGCUCGCGACGCUGGUCGAUCGCAACACGAAAGUGAAAAUGGCGUACCAUCAACUCCAAUCGCAGAUCGCAUUCGGCCUUGUCGAAGCAGGGGAAGUUUUCGAUUCGUUGGCGAUCCCUUUGAUGAAGCUGGUUGGGCUGAAAACGUCGGAGAUGGAGAGCGAAGGGAGACUCUCCACCUUUAUCUUCAAUACUGAAAGAUCUCAUAUGGAUCCUGCCCAAAAUGGAGCUCGUCCUGUUGAUCUGAACAAUCAAACUCGCCGUUCAAAGGAAGAAAGCUACGCUGCUAAAGCGGAAUCAGCGGGAAAAGAGAUCUUGUACAAGCAUAAGGGGCAACUGAGACAGCUAGUCGAUAUGCUUAGGCACAUUGAAACGCAAGUGAAUUCACACCGGGAAGACAUUGUGGAGAUGAUUGACAGUCGCAGAAACUUGUUCCAAGAAUUCAUCCAGAAAUCUCUUUACUACCUAAGCUCGGCUCACAGCCAAAACCAUGACACUUUCCCUGCCACAGUGAAGCUCCUUCGUGUCCUAUUUAAUCACAUCAACGAGGUGCUUGGUUCAGUAGAUACUGGCGUCAAUGAUCUCAUGCAGGCUUUAGCGAAGAACAUGUGUAACCCGAUGACCAAGUACGUAGGAAACUUGGCAGCUGAAAUAAAGCUUGGCCCUUGUGCGCAACUGAUGAAUGUAGUGAACGAGAUGGAGAGAGCACACGCAGAUACAAAGAGAGAGCUGCAAGAUGCUAGAGAAAGGAUUAGACUUGCAGAAGCGACAAAGACUGAGGCUUUAUCAAGGCUGAAAAAAGCUGAAGACCAAGUUCAGAGGAUGACAAGCUCUGCCAGGUUUCUUCUACCCGCGAGUCAAAAGAAGCAAGCAGAAUAUUCUAUUACUGGAAAGCGUACUUGCACAGAGGGAAGCCGAGAAAAAGAAGAGAAGCUACUCUGGGAUCUACUGAGCAAAAGGAGAAAGCAACAAGAACCAGAGAGUCCAAUGGGACCUAAAGAGCUUAUCAGACGAGCAGACACGAAGCAGAAGCCAUUGGUGUACAGUCGACGAAUGACUAGGAGCCAAACAAGGUUAAGUUCUCAAGCGGCGAGUACUGAUGCUUUGAUCCCACUUGGUUUUUCACCUUCUGCUAAAUAA